AUGCUGAUGAGGCAUCUUCUGCCGUGCUGUGAUGAGAUCGGCCGGGAGAACCUGACCGGACUCGACUUUUGCAAGUCUCUAUGAGCACUCUCUCAUCAGAAUGGCGUGGCCUCCAUUGAGCACAGCUUCUGAUGUUCAGCAACAACUCUUUGGACCCCUCGGAGCGCAAAACAAAGAAACGAUGCAUCAGUCAUCCUACAGCUAUGUCUAAUGUCUCAAUUAACUGUUUUUUAUUUACCAAUAAAUAUUCUAUUCGCUUAAUGUUCAUGUUACAACAAGAAGUCUAACACUGCGGCCAAAGUAGUGAACUGUUGCAUUCAUUUUGGCUGCUAGAAGAUUUACCAGGCAUGUGCAUUGGUGCGCUAAUGCUAGACUUUUGGCUCUUGAAGGGGGAUUUACAAGACGAUUCGAUUAUGAAAAGUAUUGUGCAUGGGCGCCCCAAUGCAAGUUUUUGGCUCCUGGACGAUUUACUAGACCAAUCAAUAUGCAAAAUUUUCCUUCAAAAAUUUUUGAAAGUCAGUUCUUCCGAAAUCCCAAGCAUUUGAUUUGUAUAAAGUUGGAGUCAGAGGACUAACUGGGUACAGGAGCACGGAGGAGUGGGACAGUGCACCAGUCUCCUUGGUUGGACCGAAGUGCCACUCAGAGGUUCCGAGCGGCUGAGAUCUCCCCUCCGGAAAGAGUGA